UCUACUGCUGUGACGUCUUUGUUGUGAGCACGGUUUAAGUCCACCGUCAAUACGUCCACCUCAUCCCCGAGGAGGCUUAAAACCCGGGAGCAUCGGCCAGGACUGUGGUUGAAGCUCAGCCUGAAGCCUCUCCGCUCCUGCUUCGAGUCUAGGUUGAGAGGUCACAGGUGAUGCUGGAUGGGCCAGCUGUGGGUGCUUUCCUGACCUUCCCUGGGCCUGCAUGUGUAACAUCAGUGAAACAUGGCCGGCAACUUCCGGAGCUACAUCUGGGACCCAGUCCUCAUUAUCUGUCAGAUUGUGUUGAUGCAGUGCGUCUACUACAGCUUCCUCGGGCUGUGGAUGGCCGGAGUGGACAGCCUGGUCCACAGCAGUCGCUCACUAGAUCAGAUCUUCAGCUAUGAACUCCUUGGUUUUGCAACAAUGCAGGGCAGACUCUCGAUGAUGGCGUUCAUCUUGAACUCUCUUACCUGCGCUCUGGGCCUGUGGUUCUUCGUCCGUCGAGGGAAGCAGUGCCUGGACUUCACGGUCACCGUUCACUUUUUCCACAUGAUCGGUUGCUGGAUCUAUAACUCCCACCUCCCCUCGGCCCUCUCCUGGUGGCUCAUCAACGUGGCCUGCAUCGCGCUGAUGGCCGUCAUCGGGGAGUACCUCUGCAUGCGGACUGAGCUCAGGGCGAUUCCAGUCAACACCGGACCCAAAUCUAACCUGUGAACGUUUGUCGGUUAAUUCUUUUCUUUUUAAGACUUGAGGAACUCACCGAGAAAGGUUGCAGAAAGGAAGAGAAACCUGCGUGAACAUAGAGACUGAAUAGUUAUGAAUGUUGUCAUAAGGUGGUCCUCCAGCUGACUUGAUAUUUAUUCAUAGCUGCUUAUUAAAUGUCGGGGCAGUAUUUUCUUUGUAGCUUAUCAAAAAUGUGUCUUUUAAUGUUUUUGAAAGAGAACAUCUGCUGACAUCAUCACCCCUGCAGCUAGAGUUGGUACUUCAACUCAUUUUAGUGCAUUCAUCGCCAUGUUAUGAUGCACAGUGAAAUUUAGACACCAUGCCCACUUUAUCAUCCUCUUAAAGCUCCCUAAAGCUCAUUGUGUAUAACAUGUGAAAUAUAGCCUUUUUUUAAGAUUUUGUGGCACUAGUGGCCUUCAUUCAUUUGCAAGGCAGAGAGAAAUAAGGAAGAUAUGUAGUAAGUUUUACCGCUGAGCCACACGGUGCGCCCUGGAAUAUAGUCUUAAACCCAACUAUAAAGUUUCCUGCUUCCUUAUUACAGGAGCUCUCAAAAGCCACACCCCGGGUUUUUGAUACUUAAACAUUUGAAACCAUGAUGAAUCAUGUCUAUAUACUUUAUGCACCUAUUAAUCUGACAUAAAUCCUGUACAGCUGAACUGAAAACAACCCGUAGAAGCGCUAAUAACCAGGCUGCACAAGUGUGCACACCACUAAACGCUUUGUUUCAGCGUUCAGUCUCUUCUUGUCCAAUCAAUCGGCACACCACACCUUCACUUGGUGACAUUUUGCUCAUUCUGCCUUACAGGCUUAUCAGAAUAAAUGAGGACAUCUAUUGGCGGACCCACAGCUCUGUUUUGUCAGAUUCAUCUCUGGACUCUGGGUCUGCUUUCUUUGGUAAAGCCGUUCUGUCGUUGAUCUGAAUGCACGUUUAGACUUAUCGUGCUGAGAAAUGAAAUGCCUCUUCAUCCUCAGCUUUGUAGCAGGUAAAUCUGACUGGGAUUGGAGACUAUGCAGAAUUUUGUCCAGCUUGACAAAAACCCUAGUAAAUCUGGAAAAUUAGCCCCAAAUAUACCCUUUUGGCCCAGAAAUCCCAGUUUUCGUUUAAUUGGAUCCUGAGACGUUCUGUCACAAGGUUUUGGGAGACGUUUCAACUGCGCUGCUCAGGCCAGACACAUUGAGAUGGUCAGAUUUUUAAACCAUUAUGAACUCAACUACUAACAUGGCAGUGUACCUGACUGUUUGUCGUGUUUUCUCUAUUUUUCGAUGACUGUCUUUACUGUACCCUGAUAUAUACAGGAUAUGAUGUGACGAGAUGCUAGUGUUCUCUCCUGAUUGAUACCUUUUUGUAACAAAAAAACUAGGGCUUUACCUCUAGGAUGUAAAUGUCAGUAAAAUCCUGCUGCUGCAGCUCACUUUUAUUUCUUCAGAUCUGCAGGAACUGAAAGCAGGGGUGAACCCAGGAAGAGCGAAGGCUAAACCUGAACCAAAAGCUGCUUCAGCAAAGUAUUCGCUUAAUAGUGUGCACAUGUGCAGCUGAGUUAUUACGGCUUUUUAAUAUUUGUCUCGUAGCAGAUUUGUAUUUCACCCUAAAGGGAGGGGGGGGGGGCACUAAUCAUAACUCCAUGUUUUAAGUGUCAAAAUUUUAAAGGGGGUGUGCACGCUUUUUAGAGCCAGUGUACAUGUUGUCGGUUUCGCCUUUCUAGAUGAAAGUUUGCCCAUUCAGACUUAUCACAGGGUCUUCUUGUUUAGCUUUGCUACAUUUUUCACAGCUGUUAUUGUUUGGCUCUGUGUCUGCGUGUAUUUAUGCAUUAUGCAGAACAGUCUGGCCCGUUUAGGGACAGUUUGUCAGCCAUCAUCUGCGCUCUGACGACGGGGAAUACGUCGGAGGGAAAAGCACACGGACGUUUUCUGGAGCAGCGCCUCCCUGAUGCUUCAGAAACUCCAAAUGAACCGCUUUAAUUUUUAAGCCUUGUGACGCUCGCUGAGACUCUCUCACACUUUUGGGGGGGGGGGGGGGGGGUUGAAGCUUAGAUAGAGCAGACAUUGCAGUGUUUUUUUUUUUUUUUUAUUAUUUUGAGUGUGUUGUGUCUCAUUUGAUCAAUAAGAUUGAUGCAUAAAAUCUAUGUGAGAUACAAACUGUGUUUUUUUAGAUUAUUCUGAGCACAGCAGAGGGGGUUGUUGUCCCAAAACCGAUCAUCAAAUUCAUCACUACUCUAUGCUGAGGUCAUUUCAAGUAAAUGUUUGCUUUAGAGGAUUUCACACACGAUACCAUGCGUCGUGCUUACUCAGAGGUGGAUCCGUUCACGUUUAAUUUUACUCAUUUGAAACCAGAGUUUAAAACCUUGUUUUCAUACCUUGCCCAUGUCUAAGCUUAUUGUUUGGAUAAUGACCAAACUUGAGAAGAUGUUAGAUGUUUGAGGGGGUUUUGUUGAAUGCUGACUGGAUCACAUGAAACAUUUUUCACAAUCAACAUAGAUGAAGUCAUCAGAGAGGCACUUAGACGCUAUCUGUUAACGUCUCAUUGUGGUUGCCAGUGCUGAAGGCUUUUAGGGACUCAUUUUACUGUUUUACUGGGCUCUGUAAUAAUCCUCGACUACAUUUGUUAUUCUUAAAUGUUCCUUAUUGCGCAGAACAAAUUGAAUGAGAGACAAAGAAAUUACAGUCUUGGUAUAAAACAAGUAAACCCCCUUCCAUUUUUAGGGUUUUAUGCAUUUUUGUAUUUAAUUUUUCUUUUUAAAAUAAAUCUUAACAUGUUGGAA